AUGGCCAAGCUACUUGUAGCUAUCGCUCUGACAGUUGUUACUUUCGAAUUAUCACUGACAAAGGAACUUACUUUCGAGCUUCCCGAUAACGAGAAGAUGUGUUUUUAUGAAAAUAUUGAGCAAGGAGAGCAAGCGACUUUAGAAUUUCAGGUGAUAACUGGUGGCAAUUAUGACGUUGAUAUGGAGCUGACAGGUCCAAAUUCCCAGGUUUUAUACAAAGAUGUCAAGAAGCAGUAUGACAGCUUUACCUGGACAGCACAACAAAAGGGUGUCUACACAUUUUGUUUUUCCAAUGAAUUUUCUACUUUCACACACAAAGUUGUCUACUUUGACCUGCAAGUCGGAGAUGAGAGGCCGGCAGCGGAAGAGUUGACCGAUCACCAGACAGCCUUGACAUUGAUGGAAACUUCGACCGUCAACAUCUUUGAUAAUCUAAAAAGUGUGCUAGACUACCAGACUCAUCACCGACUUCGAGAAGCUCAGGGCCGCGUCUUCGCAGAAGACCUCAACCAACGGGUUUUGUACUGGUCAAUUGGUGAAUCGCUGCUCAUCAUCUUGAUAGGGAUUGGCCAGAUACUGGUUCUGCGGAGCUUCUUCACAAACACCCACAAGACACCGGCAGCAACGUGA